AUGUUAACAAAUGCCAUGAAUGCGGCCAAGAAAUUAAGCGUGUCAACAUUGUGGUCGCGGCUUAUUUCAGCCACUGAAAAUACAGUUUUGACUUACGAGGAGCUACUUAAGAACUCGAUUCGCGUAGCUUCUUAUUUGCGAUCACUGGGCCUUGGGUAGUCCGAUGUGGUUGGAAUGGUUGCAAGGAAUACCACUCAUAUUUCCGCAGUGGCAUAUGCUUGUUUCUUUAAUGGAACCGCUUAUCAUGCUCUAAGCCUCACAAACGAUCAUAGUACAAUAGGAAAACUAUUCAGUGUUACCAAGCCAAGUGUCAUCUUCUGUGACGGAGAUGAGUUCGAGAAGAUCCAAGCUGCCACAUCACAUUUGAACGUGAAGAUAGUCACCAUGCGCAAACACCACCCAGAUUCCAUUCCGAUUGAGGAGGUUUUAGAAACACCAAUCGAGGAUAAUUUCCUUCCGGUUAGCCUAGAGAAGGGCAACGAUCAGACCCUGGCCAUAGUCUGCUCGUCGGGCACGACAGGAACCCCAAAGCCGGUGACAGUAUCUAACAGAAGACAAAUGUCGUCUAUCAAUCAGUCUAGCCUGACAUCAGCAGAUGUGCAAUAUACCAGCAGCCAAUUGGAAUGGAUAAGCGGUAUAAUGACGAUCAUCACUUCUGCGGCUUACAGCACCACACGAAUUAUAGACGAUAAUGCCUUCGAUCCUAACUUUGUGCUAAAACUCAUAGAAAAGUACAAGAUAACGUGGUACAUCUGCGUUACUUCCACCUUAGCCCAGUUAACAAACUGUGCGGGGUUUUGCACCGCCGAUAUGUCCAGUUUGAGGGUUCUCUUUUACGGAGGAACUCGACUGUCUCUGGAGAUCCAAAGACGCGUGAGAAAUCGUCUCAGCAGGUAUAUGGACAAAGACGGUUUCCUAUACAUUCUGGAUCGCAUAGACGACAUGUUAAAGUACCAGACAUGUAUGUACUAUCCCAAUGAAAUCGAGAGCAUCAUCGCCAAAAUGCCACAAGUGGCAGAGGUAUGUGUCUUUGGCAUAAACGAUGAAAUCAAUGGAGACGAGGCUGCCGCUACGGUGGUGAAGACAAAAGGAAGUCAGCUCUGCGCCCAGGAUGUUGUGGAUUAUGUCAAAAGCCAGACGGAUUCUAAUUACAAGCAUCUGAAUGCUGGAGCCAUUAUAGUGGCCGAUUUAAAGCGCAGUACCAAUGGGAAGACCAAUCGAAAAGCCAACAAAGAAUACUUUUUAACACAAAUUAAAGUAGCUUAAGGGGGACUGGGAUUCCCACCUAUUUUUUGUUCACUCAUUAGCACUUUUUCGAGAUGUAAACAUUUGAGAGCAAGCUCAAUCAAAUUAAAUGCAAAUUUUGCGGCACUCGACUUGUACGCAAUCAGCUCUAGCUCACCGAGUUCACCCACGCAAACAAAAGAUACUUGACUGCAACUGCUGCAUUGCUUUGGUGGUUUCAAUCAGCCAACAAUCAGCAACAACAUUUUCACCAGGCCAAUAACAAAAUAGAGUCAGUCUACGACUCUGGUAGUACAGUGUCUGGUCGCUUUUCUAUUUCACAUUUUCGAUCCGAACCAUUUUCUGCUAGCACUCCAAAAUCGUUUCUGCUGGCACCGCAAAUUGUUGUCAGACACAUUCGGUGAAUGAAACCAACAAUCCGACAAACAAACAGACAACAUAAAUACAGGCCACAAAUGCAAAUAAAAGAGUUCGAGCA